UUUUCGUUACCAUUUUACUCUUCCCCGAAGACUCCUUUCAGUCAACUAAUUGUUUAUAUCCGAUCGCAUUCUCACCUAAAUUCCUGAGCAGCUCAUAAUUAAUCUUCAACCUUUGUUUCAUUUUUCCUAACCGAAGCUUUCAACCUCAAUAUCAAAGGUUGGUUUCCGUUUCUUUAAUUUCCUUUGUUAUCCUCAGAGAAUCUGGCUUUAGUUUCAGAGUUUUUUUUUAUAGAAUUAUUUCCAACUUUUUUCUCUGUGGAAUGUUAUAGCUCUAGUUUUUCCAGAAUUGGACCUGGGAAUUCAAUUUCUUUACAUGAUGCACGUUUCGUCGUUGUUGAACCAUUAGUUUUCUACUUCUUAUUCCAUUUUCAAGAUAAAGCAUGGGUAGUUUCAAGUUAGGGGUCGAAGUGGUUGGCGCCCAUGACCUUAUAGCCAGAGAUGGGCAAGGGUCAUCCAAUCCAUUCGUGGAGCUUCAUUUCGACGACCAGAGAUUCCGCACCACUGUUAAAGAGAACGAUCUGAAUCCGGUGUGGAACGAGAGUUUCUAUUUCAACAUCUCGGACCCGAACAACUUGAUCAAGCUCCAUCUCGAAGCUUAUGUUCACAGCCAUAACAGAGCAAACAACUCGAAAGCCUGUCUCGGGAAGGUCCGCCUCACCGGAACAUCUUUCGUACCAUACUCCGAUGCCGUCGUUUUGCACUACCCUCUUGAGAAACGAACCAUUUUCUCCCGUGCAAAUGGCGAGCUUGGUUUGAAAGUGUUUUUAACCGAUGACCCUUCAAUCAAACCGUCGAAUCCACUUCCUGCCAUGGAAUCGUUUUUGGAUAUCCCUAUUUCAUUUCCUGAGGAGAAAACUGAUAAACGCCAUACAUUUCAUAGUCUUCCGAAUGCAAACAACUCGCAGCAAAAGCAGAAUUCUCCCCCCGUACCACCCCAGCAUCAACAAAUGAAUUAUGGAGUACAUGAGAUGAAAUCUGAACCUCAGGCAGCUAAAGUUGUUCACAUGGUCUCCGGUUCAUCAUCGCAACCGGCUGAUUAUGCUCUUAAAGAGACUAGUCCGGUCCUAGGAGGAGGACGAAUUGUCGGAGGCAGAGUCGUACGAGGAGACAAGCCAACGAGGCCGAGCACAUAUGACCUUGUUGAACAGAUGAGGUUCCUUUUUGUACGAGUGGUGAAAGCCCGAGAUCUUCCUGCAAAAGAUAUGACAGGCAGCCUCGAUCCAUAUGUUGAAGUAAAAGUUGGAAACUACAAAGGAAAAACAAAGCAUUAUGUGAUGAACAAAAGUCCCGAGUGGAAUCAAGUGUUUGCCUUUUCAAGGGAAACGCAGCAGUCAUCUGUGUUGGAAGUUCUUCUCAAGGAUAAGGAUUUAGUGAAAGAUGAUUCUGUUGGGAUCGUUCGAUUCGAUCUCCAUGAGGUUCCGGCGAGGGUUCCACCGGAUAGUCCAUUGGCGCCGGAAUGGUAUCGGCUCGAAGACAAGAAAGGAGAGAAAAAUAAAGGAGAACUGAUGCUUGCCGUUUGGUAUGGCACACAGGCUGAUGAAGCUUUUCCAGAAGCCUUGCACUCGGAUGCCUUUGCUCCUGGUGAUACCACUUCAAUUGACUCAUCAUAUCUCCGUUCAAAAGUUUAUCACUCUCCAAGAUUGUGGUAUGUCCGAGUUAAUGUCAUCGAGGCACAAGACCUUGUUCCAUCUGACAAGGGCAGGUUCCCUGAUGUAUCUGUUAAGGUUCAGAUUGGUAACCAGACUUGGAAGACAAAAUCAGUUCAAACUCGAAACUCGAAUCCAGUCUGGAACGAGCAGUCCAUGUUUGUUGCUUCAGAACCCUUUGAAGAUCAUCUAAUUUACUCGGUCGAAGAUCGUGUCGGACCUAAUAAGGAUGAGACCAUGGGAAUGAUCGUUGUACCAUUGAGCUCUGUUGGCAGGCGUACCGAUGACCGAGUUAUCCAUCCUCAGUGGUACAGCCUGGAGAAAUCUUUACCGGAUGCAAUGGAUAAGGAUCGUGCAAAGAAGGAUAAAUUUCAUAGUAGGCUUCAUGUUUCUGCUUGUCUUGAUGGAGGAUAUCACGUGCUUGAUGAGUCAACACAGUAUAGCAGUGAUCUCCGGCCAACGGCAAAGCAACUCUGGAAAUCACCAAUUGGUGUUCUGGAACUUGGAAUUUUGAAUGCUGAUAGGCUGCAGCCAAAGAAAACAAGGGACGGGAGAGGCAUCUCGGAUACGUACUGUGUGGCGAAGUAUGGCCACAAGUGGGUUCGAACUAGAACCAUAGUAAAUAGCCUGAACCCGAAGUACAACGAGCAGUAUACAUGGGAAGUUCAUGAUACUGCCACCGUUCUCACUGUGGGAGUCUUUGAUAACAGUCAGAUAGGUGGUUCGAAUGGAAACAAGGAUAUUGAAAUCGGAAAGGUCCGGAUUCGUAUAUCAACUCUGGAAACUGGUCGUGUUUACACACAUAGUUACCCCCUGCUGGUUCUUAAAUCUUCUGGUGUCAUGAAAAUGGGUGAACUUCAUUUGGCAAUACGGUUCUCAUCGACAUCGAUGCUUAAUAUGAUGCUUCAAUACUCACGACCCCUUUUGCCAAAGAUGCACUACAAAAAGCCAUUGACUGUGAUGCAGCAGGACAUGUUGCGAUAUCAGGCUGUGAAUAUCGUUGCGGCUCGGCUCGGUCGUGCUGAACCACCUCUCAAGAGGGAAGUAAUUGAAUACAUGUCUGAUACUAAAGCUCAUCUUUGGAGCAUGAGGCGCAGCAAGGCAAACUUCUUGCGCCUGACAUCGGUUUUCUCGGGAUUGUUCGCAGUCGGAAAUUGGUUUGGUGAUGUUUGCAAGUGGAAGAACCCUGUUACAACAGUGCUGGUGCAUCUUCUAUUUGUAAUGCUAGUUUGUUUCCCGGACAUGAUUUUACCUACAGUUUUCCUAUACAUGUUUAUGAUAGGGGCAUGGAGAUAUCAUUUUCGGCCAAGGUACCCUCCCCACAUGGACACAACUCUCUCGUGCGCGGAUGCAGUUUCUCCUGACGAACUAGAUGAAGAAUUCGAGACCUUUCCUGCAACAAAGAGCGUGAAUCUAGUUCGGAUGAGAUACGAUCGUUUAAGGAGUGUGGCAGGGAAAAUUCAGAGUGUUGUGGGCGACAUAGCUAGUCAAGGCGAGCGUCUUCAGGCACUCUUAAGUUGGCGGGAUCCUCGUGCUACAACCAUAUUUAUGAUAUUCUGCCUUGCAGCAGCCAUUGUAAUGUAUGUGACACCUUUCCAGGUGUUUUCUCUUCUAGCUGGAUUUUACUUUAUGAGACAUCCCAAGUUUCGCCAGAAGACACCGGCGGCGCCGAUUAACUUUUUCCGUCGAUUGCCGGCAAUGACAGAUAGUAUGUUGUAAAAAAGGUAAAAUAUAUAUGUCGACAAUCAAUCAUGCAUCUGAAUAGUGAAUGUUCAUCCACCCCGCUGAUCUUCGGACUCUCCCAAGGCUUCCCGGACCGCAUUAGAGGCAUCGACGAUGCUGUUACCUCAUGGAGGUUGGUAACUAUGUACAUCGUCGCAGCCAAUCGUGGAAUCACAUUCAUCGACUACGUUAGACUUAACACUAAUAUAACCAAAUUUCGCAUUAAUGGUAGAUGCUUUGAAAAUUUUGAGAUAUCAAAUUCGAGUCCACUAUA